AUGUCGGUGCCCGGUGGCACACUCGAGUGCUGGAUUUGCGACAAGCCGGCCGACCGCGCGUGCCCGUGGUGCCUGCCGAGCGCAGAGACGGUCAUCUGCCACGAGUGUUUCGACAAGCUCGUGACGGAGCGGGCACGCGUGCAUCCGGGAAUGGAGGGAUGCUCGGCGGGCGAGGGCGGCCCGCCGGGGCUGCUGAGCAGGGCGGCGGUCUGGCCGCCGCAGCCGUCCGGCGCGGGGCUCGACGCGGUGCGGCUUGCGGGGGCGGAGGGGGCGGCCUUGAUCCUGUCGUUCUACACGGAGACGGGCUACAAGGGCGUCAUCCGCGGCGAGUACGUGGACGGCACGCCGUUCUACGAGGUGCGCGGCUGCAGCAUCAGCGGUCGCAAGUACAUAAGCCCCGAGCACGCCGCUCUCGCCCGCUGGCGAGCCAUCUUCCCGUCGCACCUGCAGCUGCCCGAGGCGGGGCGAAGCUCGAGGCCGCGCGGGGGCGACCGCCGUGCGGGCUCCUCGCGACAGGCGGCUGCGGUGGCGGCGGAGGCGGAGGGGCUGCGGCUGCACCUCUCGAGCAGCAGCAGCACCGGCUACAAGGGCGUGAGCAGGGAACGCUCGCGCUUCAGAGCACAGCACCAUGUGGACGGCAAGGAUGUCUACCUCGGCUCCUUCGACACGGCGGUGGAGGCGGCGGUGGCGUACGCGCGGGCGGUCGGCGAGUACCAGCCUCCCGCCCAACCUCCUCCGACGGUGGCGGCGGAGGCGGAGGGCUUGCGGCUGCACCUCUCGACCAGCAGCCGCACCGGCUACAAGAACGUGAGCAGGGAACGUUCGCGCUUCAGAGCACAGCACCAUGUGGACGGCAAGGAUGUCUACCUCGGCUCCUUCGACACGGCGGUGGAGGCGGCGGUGGCGUACGCGCGGGCGGUGGGCGAGGCUGGAGUCGCGAAGACCUAG